GCGACGAAGAUAGUGAGUUUCACUGCCGCAGCUAAACAGAAAACUUGCAGGGUUCCCUUCAGCUCGAGUCAGCAAGGUCGUAGCGUCAUAGGAUUCAGAAUGUCUUCCAAGAAUGCAACAAAGGAAUGGUCCGAAAGCCGGAAGUCAGACUUUAACUUCCGGUUCAGAACAAGCAUUGCGGCCAUCAUCGUCUAUUUCUUGGUUGGAUAUAACUUCUUUCCAUUCAAACUUCCGGUGAUGGAAUCCAUCACAGAAAGAGUCAUUUUCACAUUGAGAUGGCAACUCCUCGGAGGGUUUACCUUGCUGAUGGGAAUGAUGGGAGUGAUGGGUGUUCGGGGUCAAAGCGAUGCCGCGGCGGACCCCAUAAAAGGAAAUGCCGAACAUCUAACGCUGUUGCCUAGGAACAUAUUACAGAAUACACUGGAACAGUUCAUCUUUAAUUUCGUAGGACAAAUCGUGUUGUGUACCUACCUCUCUGCUGAGUCAAUGAAAAUGAUACCAUUACUCGUCGUCAUUUUCGUCGUCUCAAGAAUCAUCUACAAAAUUGGAUACCAGAUCGAACCGAUGAAAAGAUCAUACGGAUUUGCCGGAACAUUUUUACCAACCAUGGCGACAUAUGCUUACUGCAUGUAUUGCCUGGUGAGUUAUGGCCCGGGGUAUGGAUUUGGAAAGUGAUGUGAUGUUGAAUAGUUUUAUAUAAAAACGAGUCUUACUAAUUGAUAAGACUAUAAUGAUAUGUCAUCCCUAUAUCACAACUCAAGAACAAUUUUGAUGGUAUGUGUUGCCUAGCGUAAAUUCUUUUUACUGUUUCUGUCACAAUUUUGAAAUAAUUAGUGCAUGUAUCAUAACCUUAUGACGGUAUUGUCUUCUUCCUGUUUCAAAAAGUAAAAAAAUCAAGAUAA